CCGGCCGCGGAGGUGACGUCGCUCCAGUCUCGGGCCGGUUUCGGUGAAACUCGGUGUUUUUCAUGCGGCUGUUUGUUUGAUUUUCUUUCUAAAUCGUCAGUGAGGUUAAGCUAGAGAGCGGGACCCGUCCUCACCAUGCCGUCUCAUCCGCUGCGAGUGGCGGUGGUGUGCUCGAGCAAUCAGAACCGGAGCAUGGAAGCGCACGGCAUCCUCAGUAAGAGAGGAUUCAAUGUGCGUUCGUUUGGAACUGGCUCCCACGUGAAGCUGCCCGGACCGGCCCCAGACAAGCCCAACGUCUACGAUUUCAAAACCACUUACGAGCAGAUGUACAGCGACCUCGUCAAGAAAGACAAAGAACUAUACACCCAGAACGGGAUCCUUCACAUGCUGGACCGCAACAAGCGCAUCAAGCCCCGGCCUGAGCGCUUCCAGAAUUGCAAGGACCAGUUCGAUCUGGUGGUGACCUGCGAGGAGAGGGUGUACGACCAGGUGCUGGAGGACCUGAACUCGCGGGAGCAGGAGAGCUUCCAGCCGGUGCACGUGAUAAAUGUGGACAUCCAGGACAACCACGAGGAGGCCACGCUGGGAGCCUUCCUCAUCUGUGAAAUGUGCCAGUGUAUCCAGCACACGGAGGACAUGGAGAAUGAGAUGGACGAGCUCCUGCAGGAGUUUGAGGAGAAGAGCAGCCGCCCCUUCCUGCACACUGUCUGCUUCUACUGACCCCUCCCUCCCCGAACCAGCCUUAAGCCCCUCGCCCACCCCCUGCUACUGACAUCACCCACCCCCCAGCACUCCUGAUUGCAGAGCAGUGUGAGCCGUUACAGGUUUUACAGCAGACCUGCUAACAGAGCCUGUUUGAAGCAGGGCUGGGCAGCUCCAGUCCGGACCAUUUUUCCAGCCUUGACUUUAACUGAGUCUCCACCUGUCCUCUGUAGACACUGUAGGCUUCUUUACCAGGAAAACCAGGGGCAGUAUCCAGUCUAGGGACUGCAGUUGCCUUGUUCUCUGCUGCAGUAAUUAUUAUUAUUAUUAUUAUUAUUUGGAUGUAAACGUCUGCUAAAUGAUUAAAGCAGCUCGGAGACUCGCGGGUGGGCUGUGCAUCACAGCUGCUGCUGCUGCAGAGUCACUUCCAAUAGGAGCUUGUUUGGCACAAGGAGGUGAAGUGACUUGCUCAG